AUGGCCUCCGUCGAACAUCGGCACUGUUUACCUCUGAUAGGAGUCUGUUUGUCUCGCGAGCGUCACUGCCUUGUGUCCAUGUUUGUGGAACUGGGCAGUCUGGACAAAUAUGUACACGAGCACCAAGCCGAUUUAAAUAGUUUGACCAUGCUAUCCUGGGCCGAACAGAUCGCGGACGGGAUGAGUUAUUUGGAAAUGCGUGGAAUUAUUCAUCGGUACGUUUUUGUGCUGAUCUCGGGAAACAAGCGAACAGAUUAUCUAUGUUCAUCACACUGUUUUAAACCGCUUGCAAUCAAAUUGUUUACUAAGUAA